AUGCUUGAAGAGUGUGACAGGUCUCAUGACAUCCGUCGUUGUAUACGAUGGUGCUACUACUUUGAUAAGGUUCUGAGCAUGCUUCUGGUGCGACCACCAUCCUUGCCAGCGCUAAGUGUUGAGCCAACCUCUUUACUUCUGUCAAGACAAGCAGACCCGUUAGAUAUGAAAGCCAAUAUCUUGAUCAAGCUGGCACAUGUGCUGGAUGGUGCCCUGUCUGUGCUAACACCAGGUGAUGGAAUCCCUGACAACCAGGCCCUGGGGGCUAUUACCCGCUUAGAAGCCGAAUUGCAAGACAUAUGGGAGGAGCUGUGUGAGGCAAGAGCAAACUCGAGCGGCACAUUGGAACUGCGCUUGGAAUGGGAUGCAGUGGACUUUACCUAUCAUUCUAUCAUAACAACAGUCUUGCGACUCAAUUCGGUUUCCUUACAUGAUCAUCGUGUGCGUGAACGCUGUUUAUCUCAUGCUCGCAGAGCACUACGAUCUAUGAAUGUGCUUCAAUAUCAUAUCUUGCGAGGUGAACAAGUUUACCAUGAUUUUGUGUUCUGGACUGUGCUUCUCUACCCACUUACGCCUUUUUUUAUCAUUUUUUGCAAUGUCAUUGCAACGUCCAAUCGCGAGGAUUAUAAUCUCCUAACCCAAAUAACAGCGGCCUUAUCCCGCAUCAAGGAGUAUAACCCUUCUAUACUCCGAUUACACGGGCUAUUUUCCCAGUUCACAGCCUUUUGCGAUCAGCUUUAUGAAACCAUCGCUCAGGACGCUUCACAGCAGCAUGAGCAAACCACAGAGGCAAUCAGAAGCCAGCCCACUGAAGUUACUGCAUCUAAUGACGCUAACGUAUCAGUGUAUCCCCAGCUUCAUGAGUCAAUUACCGCAAGGGCACACCGCAGUGAUAGCACUCAACUAGGAAGCUCAGAGCAACAGGUGUUGUAUUCGCAAGCACUCGAGGCUGGAGGCUAUCUCAGCAAACGUCGUCAAUGUGGGAUGAUGGACUUAUGUGGGAGCUUUUCAAUAUCCAGCCAACGGUUGAAUGGUUCGAUGCGGGGUACAAAGAUAGUGCGACUGGGAUAUAAUAUAGUAUUAUAA